AUGAAUCGUGCACGUGGCGGUUCUCGAAGGCCGAACCGCGGUGGAGGUCGAUUCAACAAACCUCGCACAUUCAAUCGCGCAGGUCUUUCUGUUUCUAUGGAAAAAGAGCAAGAUGAAUUAGAUGAAAAGGAAGACGACGAUCACUUUGUCGAUAGUUUGACUGAAAUUAAUGAGCCCUCCCAUGAAGGAAAAAACACGAUGCCAGCCAAAACUAAAUCAAAAUUCCGUAACAAAGCUCUGAUUCAGAGACUUGAUAUGAGCGCGGACAAUCAACAGAUGAUAGAAGAAGUUCUGCAGGAUCUACAAAUCACCAGGAGCAGUCACAAGUUCAACGAAAAACUGACUUUAGGUACUAGGGAGAUCAGACGAAAUGAGGCAUAUUGGCAGAAGGUCGGCGAGAAAAAACUCAUGAUCGAAGAUGUUAAAUUUGCCGAUCAAAACGAAACUGAUGCUGAAUCUGAAGAUGAUAUUUACAGCUCUUAUGCGGUGAAGAAGUUGCUUCAGUGUGGCUUUGAAAAAAAGAGGUGCAUAGAUGCCCUUCGAGAGAAUGAUGGUGAUUUAGGAGCAGCUUUGCAGUUACUGCUUUGUAGUUGUUGUGAAUUAAAUCAGCUUGGGAAGGAUAAUCCAGAUUACACUGAGGAAAAAUUUCAAGAAGCAGUUUUGCAAAGACAAGAAGAAGCGAUGGCUCUUGCGUCAAUUUAUGAAGAAACCUUUUCUGAAGUUAUUCCAGAUUGUGUAUGGAAUAUUAAAUUGUCUCUGCCCUUUUUACAAGAGGCUUUCAAACCAAAAAAGGAGGCUCAAAAUAAAUACUACAAAAGCAAAACAGACAAAAAAACAGAGAUCCCUGAAAAUGUUUGUAGGUUCUUUUUGAAAGGGUUCUGUAGAUUUGGAGACAAGUGUAGACUAAGCCAUAUUGUUCCUGAUAGGAAAACCAAUUCAAUUGACACAAGAGAUGACAUCCCAGAAGUUAAAAGUGCAGACAAUAUAGUCACUGAUCUGUCCUUCCCAUUCAAUCUUGAAGUAAGAUUUCCUAAGGAUUCCCUAUAUCCUUUUGAACCUCCAAUGGUGGCUUUCUACUCUACUCACAAGUUAAUUCCAUCAGCAGGUUGUCUUAAUGUCACAAUAAAGCUCAGCCAAGAGGCUAAGGUAUUAUGUAGUGCAGAGAGUCCUGCAAUCUUUUGCCUUACCAAUCUAUUAGAGAAUGAAGAGGAAAUCAUGGAGUGCUUUAAGCUGCCCCCUUCAGAGUUUAGUCUACCACCUAAGAACAAAGAUACUUUGCAAAGCAUUGGGGCUUUUAGUAAUAAUGAUGAUAAAAAAGGUGUAACCAGUGGCAAGGUGCAGACGAAUGAACCUCAACAGUCUCCAGAUGAACUCACAGUACAGGAGAGAAACAAGAAACUCAAACAGCAAUUUGUGCGAUUACAGGUAAAAAUGUAUUUUACAUACUUUUGUUUCUAAUACUGUAUGAAGCCUUCAAAAUGCUAAAUGCAGCUAAAUCCCCUGCAAAAACAAAUAACAGAUGUUUGACUUAAAUAAACUCCUGCUAUUACGGACUCUCGCUAUUGAGGACACUAAUUUGAGGCCCCUACAGUGUCCGUAAUAAAGGGAGUUGACUGUAAUAAUAAUAACAACAUUAUUGCAGGCAACAAGAGGAGCCCACAAUCCUAAUCUUUAGUUUAAAAUUAUGCAUGCGUCGCAUGUAUGUAGCCAGCAUUCGUUUGGACUUCCACAAAGAAUGAAUGGAAUACACAAAAUGCAAUUUGAUCAUGCGCGUUUCGAGCUUCUACCCCUUGUGCUCUGAUCACAUGUGUUUUUUCAACUUUUAUGCAAAGCACAGCAUUAGAGCAAAAGUGUUUGGACCUCCGAUCAUUGUCGCCCACCCUCCCUAACCUUUGGUCAUUACUAGUAUUAAGAUAUAUUUUCCCCUUAUGGGGCUUUUCAUGGAUAUGUGAAACAAAUAAUUUGAAUGGCACAUAAGCGGGUCAAGAAUACCAACAGUAAGGAGGCAAACCAGUUGGCUAAAUGUAUUUAGAAGUGUGGCCAGGAUUUAAACAGGAGACUACUGAGAACAAAGCCAGCUAAUGGUGGGGGUGGGACUUGAACUUCGGACCAGCUGCAUAAGCUUUGCCUCCUCAAGCACAGAGUUUUGGUACAUUUUUUGGAUGAUAAUCUAGCCUUUUCCAGUUGUUUCGAAACUGAGGAGCUCACAACUCAAUUUCUCUUCCAUAUUCUCUUUGUUUCUGAGCACCUGGGAUACCACAAACUGCCACUUACAAGGUCCCCCACUUAUAAGGCACCAAGUUAUGUGCCCAUCUACUUGUAAACAAAAAGAAUAGAUACGAUUUAUAAUAAGCCUCCUUUAAUUUUAAAUGUAUUGAAAUGAAUUUGAUUGAUUAUGAUGUUUUGAAGCUUAUUAAAAACCAGUCAAAAUGUAUUUUGAUCAGCUGCUAUGGCUUGCUUUGAAGUGCUUUUUUCUAUUUCAAUUUAUAUAGCCCCUCCAUUUAUUUGCCACCCUGAAACCCUUAUGAAGAUGUGUAAGCCCAGGGCUUAUAAGCAACAGUUUACGGUAGGCUUAUAUAAUCAUCAGCUUUUGGUACAACAGCCAACAUUUUCUUGAUGUACUCCUGUUACAGUCUGUUCCUGCCUACAAGUCUAUGCUUGAUGAGAGGAAAAAGCUUCCUGCUUGGAAAUCACAGCAGAACAUCAUUGAAACACUUCAGCAGCAUCAGGUUGUUGUCAUCAGUGGAAUGACAGGGUAAGGGUAACAACAAGGUGACAUCAGCUGUGACAUGGAUUCUUAGUGUUCCAAAAAUACUGACAUGAGUGCCAGCUAGAUAAUUAUUGUGGGCCUCAUUAGUUUUAAAGAAAAACCACUUGCCGAGUGUAAUGUUUUGGACCUGUGCCUAAAGAAAUGCUGGAAUCCUUAAUCCUAAAAAUCUUGUUUUAGAUUUGAUCUGAUGAAUCCUAUAGAGUAUAUAGAAUCUUUAAAUUCAAAAUCCAUUGUUGGAUUUCCCAAUGAUAGAAAAACUGAAAUUAUUCAUUUAGAUUCAAUAAUCCAGUUUGGAUUUCCCCAGGAAAUACAGCCCUUGUUUGGAAUCCAGGGGUUACAAAAUAUGUUGGUCAUGUGACCUUUAAGUGUGGCUCUAAUUAAUUGUGAUUAGAUUUUUACUCUAUUAUUACUGAAGAUUUUACCGAGUUUUAAAUAAAAAAUCUACCUACCUACCUACCUACCUCUUCCCUGUUAACAGCUUCUGCAAAAGAGAUAUCAAGGCCUCAGAUCUCAAGAGGUUGGCAUCUCUGUGUUAGUCUCAUUACUAGACAACUCUUGAUGACUAUCAUGCAGUUGUUCUAUAUUGUUACACCUUGUUCUUCUUCUUUUUUCAGAUGUGGUAAGACGACGCAGAUUCCACAGUUUAUUCUUGAUAGUUAUCUAAAAGAGGGAAAAGGAGGAGAAUGCUUCAUCAUCUGUACUCAGCCUCGCCGAAUCUCUGCUAUAUCUGUUGCAGAAAGGGUGUCAGCUGAGAGAAUUGACAAGAUUGGGGAGACUGUUGGUUAUCAAGUCAGGCUUGAAAAUAAACAGGUAACAAAAAGGAAGCUGAAGUCUAAAAAAAUGUGUUUUAUUUAAAAAAAGGAAGUUGGAAUUUUCAAAGUUGUCAAUUUAAGCAGGGAGAGUACAGUUAUUAUUAGGGAGGGAUUAAUCUGCUGAUUGAAAAUAGAGAGUUUUAUCUAAUAUGUUACUUUUCUUCAAGAAAAAAAAUGGGUAGAUCAUAUUAUGCAUCUUUUGCCAUUAAUUAAUCAAGGCAUUUUGUGAUGUUAAAUGUUUUUUAGCACUGGUAUUAUUAGCCUACAUCUGUAACAUGCAGACAUUCUUUGCAUUCCUUCCAUACAUUUGUUAGAGAGAAUUGUAAAAUGAGCCAAAGGAACAAAAUAUUGGUAAUUUAUAUAAGCUUUGGUAAACAGCUGCUUUCCCUUUAACCAAUAUAUUUGUACUUACUUUCUUUUUUCAGCUAUUUAGCAUAAUGUUUAUAUGGCGAGAGGCCUAACUUAAAAACCUCACGAAAUCCAAGAUUAAAAAAAAUAAUUUUACAUUCUGUACAGUUUCAUUAUUUUAUCAUCAUCAUAAUCAUCAUUGUUAUCAUCAUACUCAUCAAUUUAGAUACAAAGGAUAAUGAUGAUUAUCUUGUUGUAUAUUUUACAGUCAUCAAGAACAAGUUUAUUAUACUGUACAACAGGUAUAUUACUGCGUCGUUUACAAGGAGAAUCGAGCUUACCUAAUGUAAGUCAUGUGAUUGUUGAUGAAGUUCAUGAGAGAACGGAGGAAAGGUAUACCAUUAUUUUAUUGUCUGAGCUGUCAGUGUAUAUCCUUCAUUUGCUAUUUUCACAAAAGUUCUCACUAAGAGUCAGAAGUGGUAUAUAAAUUUCAUUUUAGUACUCUUGUUGCUAACUAUUCCACUCUUCAUUAAUUUGCAGUGAUUUUCUGAUGAUGGUGUUAAAAGACUUGUUGUUGGUCAGACCAGAUGUGCGAGUUGUAUUGAUGAGUGCGACACUAAAUGCUCAGCUCUUUUCAGAAUAUUUUUAUGAUGCUCCUGUCAUUCACAUACCAGGUAUAAAACAGCUGCGGCCUCUGAACUAUACCUUACUGUAAAUUUGUGAUAGGUCCUUGCACCAUACCAGGAGAAUUAAUGCCUUGAAAUUGAUAGAUUAUGCAAACAGCUUCUUCACUGGAAAGUUUAUAUGAGAGAAGUGUUCAUUCCAGGAACAGGAAGUUUCAUUUUUCAUCUCAGAAAUGAGGGCUAACACUGGAAGUGACUAUCUUAGAUUGGUGUCAAUCAUAAAGAGGUGUUUACCUUCUGAAGGUGUCCAACUUAGAGAGAGGUGUACAUCUUAGAGAGGUGUCAAUCAUAAAGAGAUGUUUACCUUCUGAAGGUGUCCAACUUAGAGAGAGGUGUACAUCUUAGAGAGGUGUCAGUCAUAAUGAGAUGUUUAUCUUCUGGAGGUGUCCAACUUAGGGUGAGGUGUACAUCUUAGAGAAGUGUCAAUCAUAAAGAGAUGUUUAUCUUCUGAAGUUGUCCUACUUUGGGUGAGGUGUACAUCUUAAAGAGGUGUCAAUCAUAAAGAGAUGUUUACCUUCUGAAGGUGUCCAACUUAGAGAGAGGUGUACAUCUUAGAGAAGUGUCAAUCAUAAAGAGAUGUUUACCUUCUGAAGUUGUCCAACUUAGAGAGAGGUAUACAUCUUAAAGAGGUGUCAAUCAUAAAGAGAUGUUUAUUUUCUGAAGGUGUCCAACUUAGAGAGAGGUGUCAAUCAUAAAGAGAUGUUUAUCUUCUGAAGGUGUCCAAUUUAGAGUGAGGUGUACACCUUAGAGAGGUGUCAAUCAUAACAAGAUGUUUAUCUUCUGAAGUUGUCCAACUUAGAGAGAGGUGUACAUCUUAGAGAGGUGUCAAUCAUAAAGAGAUGUUUAUCUUCUGAAGUUGUCCAACUUAGAGAGAGGUGUACAUCUUAGAGAGGUGUCAAUCAUAAAGAGAUGUUUAUCUUCUGAAGGUGUCCAAUUUAGAGUGAGGUGUACACCUUAGAGAGGUGUCAAUCAUAAAGAGAUGUUUAUCUUCUGGAGGUGUCCAACUUAGAGAGAGGUAUACAUCUUAGAGAGGUGUCAAUCAUAACGAGAUAUUCACCUUCUGAAGGUGUCCAACUUAGGGAGAGGUGUACAUCUUAGAGAGGUGUCAAUCAUAAAGAGAUGUUUAUCUUCUGGAGGUGUCCAACUUAGGGAGAGGUGUACAUCUUAGAGAGGUGUCAAUCAUAAAGAGAUGUUUAUCUUCUGGAGGUGUCCAACUUAGGGAGAGGUGUACAUCUUAGAGAGGUGUCAAUCAUAAAGAGAUGUUUAUCUUCUGAAGGUGUCCAACUUAGGGAGAGGUGUACAUCUUAGAGAGGUGUCAAUCAUAACGAGAUGUUUAUCUUCUGAAGUUGUCCAACUUAGGGAGAGGUGUACAUCUUAGAGAGGUGUCAAUCAUAACGAGAUGUUUAUCUUCUGAAGUUGUCCAACUUAGAGAGAGGUAUACAUCUUAAAGAGGUGUCAAUCAUAAAGAGAUGUUUAUCUUCUGAAGGUGUCCAACUUAGAGGGAGGUGUACACCUUAGAGAGGUGUCAAUCAUAAAGAGAUGUUUAUCUUCUGAAGGUGUCCAACUUAGAGUGAGGUGUACACCUUAGAGAGGUGUCAAUCAUAACGAGAUGUUUAUCUUCUGAAGUUGUCCAACUUAGAGAGAGGUGUACAUCUUAGAGAGGUGUCAAUCAUAAAGAGAUGUUUAUCUUCUGAAGGUGUCCAAUUUAGAGUGAGGUGUACACCUUAGAGAGGUGUCAAUCAUAAAGAGAUGUUUAUCUUCUGGAGGUGUCCAACUUAGAGAGAGGUGUACAUCUUAGAGAGGUGUCAAUCAUAAAGAGAUGUUUAUCUUCUGGAGGUGUCCAACUUAGGGAGAGGUGUACAUCUUAGAGAGGUGUCAAUCAUAAAGAGAUGUUUAUCUUCUGGAGGUGUCCAACUUAGAGAGAGGUGUACAUCUUAGAGAGGUGUCAAUCAUAAAGAGAUGUUUAUCUUCUGGAGGUGUCCAACUUAGGGAGAGGUGUACACCUUAGAGAGGUGUUAAUCAUAAAGAGAUGUUUAUCUUCUGAAGGUGUCCAAUUUAGAGUGAGGUGUACAUCUUAGAGAGGUGUCAAUCAUAAAGAGAUGUUUAUCUUCUGGAGGUGUCCAACUUAGGGAGAGGUGUACAUCUUAGAGAGGUGUCAAUCAUAAAGAGAUGUUUAUCUUCUGGAGGUGUCCAACUUAGGGAGAGGUGUACACCUUAGAGAGGUGUCAAUCAUAAAGAGAUGUUUAUCUUCUGGAGGUGUCCAACUUAGAGAGAGGUAUACAUCUUAGAGAGGUGUCAAUCAUAACGAGAUAUUCACCUUCUGAAGGUGUCCAACUUAGGGAGAGGUGUACAUCUUAAACGGGUGUCAAUCAUAAAGAGAUGUUUAUCUUCUGAAGUUGUCCAACUUAGAGUGAGGUAUACAUCUUAGAGAGGUGUCAAUCAUAAAGAGAUGUUUAUCUUCUGAAGUUGUCCAACUUAGAGGGAGGUGUACAUCUUAGAGAGGUGUCAAUCAUAAAGAGAUGUUUAUCUUCUGAAGUUGUCCAACUUAGAGGGAGGAGUACAUCUUAGAGAGGUGUCAGUCAUAAAGAGAUGUUUAUCUUCUGGGUGUUCAAUUUAGAGGUGUACAUCUUAUAGAGGUGUCAAUCAUAAGGAGGUCUCUGUCUUCUGGAGGUGUCCAACUUAGAGGGAGGUGUACAUCUUAGAGAGCUGUCAAUCAUAAAGAGAUGUUUAUCCUCUAGAGGCAUCCAACUUAGAGGGAGGUUUACAUCUUAGAGAGGUGUCAAUCAUAAAGAGAUGUUUAUCUUCUGGAGGUGUCCAACUGAGAUGGAGUUGUACAUCUUUGAGAGAUGUCACUUUAGAAACAUUUUUAUCUUUGAGAGGUUUCCAAGGAGAUGUCUAUCUGGUAGAGGUGUCCAACUAAGGUAAUUCUCCAUAUUGGAGAAAUGCCCAUCUUAAAAGUGUGUCUAUCUUAGAGACGUGUCCAUUUUACAAAGAUGUCCGUCUUAGACAUUUGUUCAUCUUAGAGAGGGGGUUACCUUUAGAAGUGUCCGUCUUUGAAAGAUGUCUAUCUUUUAGGGAGGUUCAUCUAAGAGAGAUGAGAAAUGUCUUAUCUAUAAAGAUGUUAAUUUACAUCGUCUGGAAGUGUCCUUUUUCGAGAAGUGUCCGUUUUAGUUGGGGAUGUAAUGACAUUUUUGUAUUAAUUUAAUGUUGUUUUUAUAUUGUAAGGUCGCACAUUUCCAGUUGUGGAAUUAUUCCUUGAAGAUUCAUUGGAAAUGACAAAGUAUGUGUCAAACAUUAUUUUGUUUUAGUUAUUUUUCAGUUUGGUUGUGAAAAUGAUUUUGUAAUAUCAUUGAAUGCGAUAUUUCUGACUUUCUCAUUUUAGGUUUCAAGUUGACCCAAAUUCACCUUAUGCCAAACCCAUCAAAUCUUCAAUCACUCCAGACGCUACUGGCAAAAAAGGACAGUUAACAAAGGACAUUCAACAAAUACAGGAGUCUGUCUCAUGCACUGACUUUAGACCUCCUGAUGACAAGAUGGAUGAUCAACAAUUGUCAGAAGAACAGAUGGCCUGGAGAUAUGCCAGUAAGGGCCUGCAUCUUAUUUCACUGCGAUCAUGUGCUGAAGUUUGUCAUUUUUCACUCAUAAAUUGUGUUCUUUUACAGGCCUCAUAAUAGUCUUCUGAAACACUCAAAUUGCCUUCUCAGAUGCAGACGGUUAGCCUGAGAAAACGGCCAACAUUUGGCGAUGCUACCUCUGGUUUCCCCGCCAAAUGACGUCUGAGAAACGAGCGCAGAAAUUCCAUACUGAUGACGCGGCACUACCCAGAUCUGGGAAGUGCGUGGGAAAUUCUAUUCCACCAAUCAGAAGCAAUACCCAGAUCUGUGUAGUGACGCGUCAUCAGUAUGGGAUUCCGUGCUCGUUUCUUAGACGUCAUUUGGUGGGGAAACCGGUGGUAGCGCUUCCAAAUGUCCGCUGUUUUCUCAGGCUAGGAGAUAACAAUGUAGGUCGAAGUUUAUGGAAAAUUUUAUCAAAGUCAAUACUUGCCGGAGCAACACUCAGGGUCUUUCAUUAACGGAGAAGAAAGUGCCACCUUUGUAAUGAGAUCUGCAAGCGGUUAGACUUUCUAGUCUUCUCGGAUAUGGACGAAAAACCGUAGGGCCUGUCUCACAGCACUUUCAGUUAUCUGGUUCUUAUGGGACGUAAAAGAACCCACACCACUGUUCGAAAAGAGUAGAACGUAGACCCUGGUGGUGUGGCCAACCUUUUCUUGGCUGGUUGGGUUAUCUGUAACGAGAGAUCUUAAUAUACGGAUAAAACUUCAUACUUGUAAACACUGUAUGUUUAUGUACUUUUUUUGGUCUCUACUGGUACGAGGAUCAAAUUUUCGGAUCUUACUUUAAGUGUUGUUAUCAACAGAUUACAGCAAAAGCACCAUCACUGCGCUUGGUGUUAUGGAUCAUGAGAAAAUCAACUAUGAUGUGAUUGUUGCAGUCUUGGAGUACAUUGUAGUUGGUGAACAUGAGGUAUGUUGAACUGCGCUCUCACUUAACUACAGUUCACUAUUUUACUCUUCCUCCCUGGCAAACAAAUACUUUUUAGGCCCUGCCUUUUUAGAACAUAAAAUUAAUAAUUACUUGAACAGAUAUCAGCGACGUGCCCCUGUCUCGGAGAUAUUCUCAUUCUCUCCUUGUCUGUUUUGCAACUGAUACUGUUACUGAGCAUGUGGCAUCAAUUGACACACGUCAAUCGCAAGUAACAUUCAAUUCUCACCAUUUGAUUUAAAUUACUUCUGCGAAAUCUGUCAUUUGCUGUGUGCCAAGGCAAUACAAAAUCCAAAAUUCCUCAUAUCGAGAGAGAGGAAAAAACGAAAAACAAAAUUUAUAAUAAUAAUGUAAUAAUCUUUAUUGAUAAAUAAGUACACAAAGCACAAGUUAACGAUUAUAAGAUACUGGCAUGGGAGAGAUUUUUUCCAAAUUUUUGACAGCUACUUGGCCUUUUCCUCGGAGGGCAAAGUGAUCCCUUCCACCAGACUGACUGUUGCUGUCGAUUAUUAUUUUUUUUUUUUGUCUUCUUUUUGUCUCGCUGUUUAGUGUUUAGAAGAAAUUUUGUUUUUUUUAUAUUAUGAACCUUUGGUUAACCCAUUCUCAUUUGUAAUUUUUCUAAAUUUGACUAGUUCUCACUCUAUCCUUACCCUUUAAAUCGCUUCAUAGUGCUUCCUUAUUUAAGAACGAAAAAAAUAGAUUUGGUUAUGAUUUGAUGCAAGCACAUUGACAUUCGCAGUACCCCAAGACUGGCGCAAUUCUGGUAUUUCUUCCUGGCAUGGGAGAGAUCAUGACUUUGCUGGAACAACUUCAAAACCACAAGACAUUCAGUCCAAAAAAUUCUGACAGGUAGUUUUAACGGUGUGCGGUCGUUUCGCUGCAAAGUCGUUUCGUGACAAGUCGGUUCGCUUCAUCAAGAAGUCGAUUUGCUGCAAAACAUUUUUCUUUUCUUUGUAGUCUCGGAUUUGAGAAGUCCGAGGACGCGCAAAAAAGUUAAAAAACCAGCUGCUCUUUUGAGAGCCCCAAAUCUAACAUUAAAGUUGAAUAUCAAAAUUUUAUCUUUUUUUCCAAAGUGAUGCGUAAAGACUGUGCUGCGAAACGUUUUGUAGCGAAGUGACUUUGUGGCGAAACGACCGAAAAGAAUUCCAACUAUAAAGUGCAUUUAUAGAGCUGGAAAGGUAUUCUCAGUGUGGAAACGAAAUUUCUCCCAAUGAAACGCGUUUAUUUUGAAAGCCAAACGUGUGUUCGGAAAGGAUUAACUAGUGUUUUUUUUAACUUUAUUCAGUCAUAUUUUCUUGCGUCUGGAAAACAAUUUCAUGUUGCGUUCGCAGCCUUGACGUUCAUAGUUUUUCCGCGGCUAAGUUUGGGCUUUUUUGCUUCUGCGACAACUAAGGUUUAUGCUAGCCUGUUCCAGGUUCCACGACAGAAAUGUGCCGCAAAGAUCGUGAAAAAUGAUACGAAAAACACACGGACCGCCCCCUUCUCCAGAUCUUGGCGUCUCAUUUUCCCCUGCCUUGUUUUCACGACCUCCCGAAUAUCUGAGAGCCUAUCACAGGCUAUGUUUUAUCUAGCUCAAGGAUUCUUGAGCCUCAAACUUUUUAGGAAUCUUUAACCUUUUAUGUGUCGUUGGUUUCAGAUUCAGGAUCAUUCCUCUUCACUCGAUGCUAUCCAGUGAAGAACAGAGUUUGGUUUUCAAGUGAGUAAACAGCUACUGGUUAUCGUCCGAUACACACGUUGUUUUGGGCUAUAUCUUUUCUAUAUCUGAUAACUUUUCAUGUUCACAUGAAAAGCCACCCCGUGUAGUUUGAAAACCUGAUUACAGUGAGCCAAAGAGUGGCCCAGAAACCUAUCCGAUAAGUCACGGUCCACUUUCAAGAUAGUUGCGGCGCAUCUUAGCUCCCUUAAGGUUGAUUUCCACUGAUGCGUUUUUCGCUAUGCACGUUAACGCACGCACGUCCACGCACGUUAACGCACGUAAAUUUUAAUCACGUAAAUAAAAUAGAGGCAAGAUAUAAAGUGCUGAGCUGAACCAUCCAGUAUAGUGUAGCUUACAAGCCAAGCUGCCCUGGACCCUGGAGAGCUUGCUCGCGGUCUGAGUAUAGUCAAGAGACGAUUCUCCCUUGGUAUAGUGUAGAAAUUAUUAAGCCUUAAUAUUAUUGCUUUCCAGGAAGCCAAAAGAAGGCAUGAGGAAAAUAGUCCUGUCUACGAAUAUUGCUGAGACCUCAGUGACUAUAGAUGAUGUUGUGUUUGUCAUUGAUUGUGGACGAAUGAAAGAAAAUAGGUAGGAGAGGGAGUUAAGCUUAGACUUACAAUAAAAUUGCAGUAUGAGGUAGUAGUGUGAGGAACGGAAAUUGUUCAGUUGUUUCAUUGGUUUUACGGUGUCAGGUUAACCUUUGAACCUAUGUUAGGCAAGGUACGGUUUCAAAGUUCCGAAAAUAAGCCUCUCGAUGUAUAAGCCCUCCAAACCGGUAACGCAAAAAUCCCUCCGUUAAAUCGCUCCUCCAAAUAUAAGGCCCCCGAGAUCUUGUACUUGGAAAAUUGCCCUCAAAUACAAAGUAAAACAAAGCAAAAACGGUAAACUUACUUCCUACUGUAAGGCUAGCCCAUUCGAUUUUGAAACGCAAAUUUUCCUCUGUAGAUAAGCCCCUCCGAAGAUAAGCCUCUCCAAAAAUAAGCCCCUCAAAAAGGGCCUUUGAAAAUAAAAGCCCCCGGCCCUUUUUUCGAAAUUUUGCGGUAGGUAUGAUUUGAAACUCAUGUCGGUUUUGAGUCUCUUCGUGGGUGCCAAAAAUUAAUGACCUCAAUUUUCAGCCCACUGUUCCCGGCCUCCGACCAAACAGCAUAAUUUCUUGUUCUAGAUUUUAAAGAACUUUCUUCGUUAAUUAAUAAGUGCUUCCCUAAUCAACUCGUUGGUGCGUUUACACCAGGUAAAUCUUCAUACUGACAGGCACGCGUGCUUCUAUUUAGGUAUGAUUCUAGCAAGGGUAUGGAGAGUCUGGAGGAGGUCUGGGUAUCACAAGCCAACGCCCGUCAGCGCCGAGGGAGGGCUGGGCGUGUAACAUCCGGGGUUUGUUUUCACCUGUUCACUAGUUAUCGAUUUGAAUACAGAAUGGCAGGUCACCAGAUUCCAGGUAUGUUGUGCAAUAGUCUCUUUCAUUAGUUGUGUUCUCAAGGUAACUGCGACUUAUAGGUCUUUGAUUUCUCUUUGGCGAAGCUGACUUUCGGAAGUUCCUAACAAUCCUUGUAAAACCAGGAGACUAAAGUAAUCACAACCGCACAGGAAUGUAUGUGACCCGCCUAGACCCGCCUCCUUUACUGACGCUUCAAGACUCACGCGAGUGGAGAAUCAUAGGAAGUGGAAAAAGGCGAGAAAGGGAACGUCUCGCCAACUUGCACCAUUCCUCCGUCCUUUGCGUGUACUUAGAGAGACGUCUGAGAACGAGGCAGUAUAUAACCAGUGUCAAGCGCGUAGAAAGAUACAACCAGCACAAUACGUGACAACCAGUGCAACCGGUGUCAUGCGCGGAAAAAUGUGCAACUGUAUAAAGCGCGGGAAACCACGUAACCCGAGUCGAAACUGCAGGUUCUGCACGCUAGUCGUACACGCUACUUGCUCCGCAAAUCGAAAGUGGAGCUAGGGGUAAGAAGCGGAAAAGGGAGAGGGGGUAGGGUAAUUGGUUAUAGUACAUUUUGUGGGACAUUUUGCUGACGGGCCAUUAAGAAAGAAAGGUUAUUUUCUAUUUCUUUUUGAUAGUCGUUUAAAAAGGAUCUUCAUUUUAGCGUUCGUUGUCUUUUAGAAAUUCAGCGAGUUCCCUUGGAGAAGUUGUGUCUUCGUAUCAAAGUCCUGGGGCUGUUCUUUGGUCGAGAUAUCAAGGUUCGUAAUUAGGAGACAUCUAAGUAAAUUUUCUCAGCUGUUACAAUCGAGAUGGUAUCUUUUGAAUAUUGUUCUAAUGUGUCUACUCGUACAAGGCACCAAACUUAAACAUUAAACGUCAUACAUAUAAAUGAGUCGAAUGAUAGAACAAAGCAUUCAGUAACUCUCUAGUUGAAUGUCUUUCAUUAAAUUUUAAAAAUUCCCCAUGUUAGCCUUAUUUAAAGAAUCAGAAAACCACCCAUCAACGAAUAAAAAGACCUCCAUCCACAAACCUACAAGACCAGACGGGAGCAAUUCUUGGAUGAUAACAGUAAUAAUUUGCGUUGAAAAUGUGAAGCGAACUUAUUGAUGUUCUGACGCGUAUAGCCGAGCGUAAGUAACGUGACUUUGUGUAUUUACUACAGGAUGUACUUGGUAAACUGCUGCAGCCACCAUCUGAAGAAGCCAUCAACGAUGCCAUCAAAAGACUGCACAACAUUGGAGCUCUUGAUAUUGAUGAGGUAACAUAGUAGAGAUGCGGUGUUUUGUCAAGUCAAGUGUAUCAGCGGGUGAAUCCCCACACUACAAGCGGUGACAUACGUUUACAACAUUUAUGUAUUUUGUUCCCCACUUCCGCUAGCUUACGUAGCUCCACAGUUUGGUCCAACUUUUUCGUGAUGUCUAGAUGUCUUAAGCAGUCUGGUCCCGUCUUAAUAGUUAAAACUGAAAUGACUAAAACAUGCGAGCGUAAAUUGAUCAAUCCUUUUAAUUUCUAAGGCUUACUUUCCGGCGUACAUGACCUGUAUGUAAAAGGUAAUGAGAAAUAGCGAAAAAUUCCAGCUUCUAAUCAAAUCUUUUCUUAUGGUUUAGAAUAGAAAUAUUCUCGAAACUGAGAAUGUUUUGAUCAGAGCUGUGUAAAGCGAACUAAAACAGUGCAUGGAAACUUGCGUUUCCUGUUUUUAUCUCACCUAUUGUGUGGAAUAUGUUUGAAAAUCUUCAUUAUGAAUCUGUAGAUAUCAAAGAGCUACACAACGACCAAGAGUGCUGUUCAGUGGCGGAUCCAAAAGGGGAGGGGUCCGGGGGGGGCGCCCCCCCUCCCUUUGUUUUAGACUAAACUGAGCGCCGAGGGGCCAAAAAAAAUUUCUUUUGAGACCGGGCCCCCAUUUGUCUCUGGGUCUGGAUGACCGCUUCCCCCCUCCCCCCUCCCCCCUCCCAUCUGACAUCACACAGAGCGGCGGCAGAUGAAGUGUCAACCAUUACUAGUUACUAUGAACAAUUGUCAAUAAAAAUAACAACAAAAAUGCCUUGCAUUGAGUUCCUUUGAGACUUUCAUAUUGGUUAAUAGGCAAAGGGGGAGGACAACUAUUGCGACGGUAUUUUUUUUUAGAAAGGUACCUAUUCUUGAAACUAGAAACGUUUUAACUGUCUUUAACCUUUUUCAGAAUCUGACCUCGCUGGGUUACCACUUGGCAGCUCUUCCUGUUGAUGUAAGGUAAGGUCCCUCGCACCAAUUUCGCUGUGCUAUUCUGGCCAUCAUUGUUCAUUCUGGACAACUUUGAAAUGCUCUUAUGUUGAAGAUAACACCACUGAAGUCGCGAACCUGUAGCCCUUACCCCCCACCCUGCGGAAAAAAACGGAACAGGGUGUGUGGGGAGGGGGGAGGGGCUAUCAUGUUAUACAAUAAUCAGGAUUGGUGUACAUUAACCGUUUCUUUUUCUGCAGGAUUGGUAAGCUCAUUUUGCUUGGUGCCAUAUUUAGAUGUCUGGAUCCUGUGUUAUCCAUUGGAGCGAUUCUCAGUUACCGAUCUCCCUUCGUAAGUAUAAUACGGCAGUGCUGGCUGACGUCUUAAUUGAUGCCAAGUGAAAUUAGAAAAAAUAUUAUUUCAGUUACGUUCGUUCCUUCCAUAGUUAGGCUUUAACGUGUUUUGAAGUUUUCUGUAACGUCUUUAAAUACAGUAAUAUCCUUAAACCUCUGGACGCCAGAGAUAUAGGAAACGUUGCUAUAGACAUUUAGUAAUUUCCCAUGUCAUUAUAAAUUUACUCUGCACUUUCGGGCUAAAACUAAGGAGUAAUUUGUCACCCAUGGCCAUGAUAUUGAUAUAAAUAAGCUGCUGGUAACAAAUACAAUGAAAGAGGGCAUGUAACUCUUUGGCAAUUUUCAAAACUACAUUUGUAAUAACUUUAGUGAUAGCUUUAGAAAUUACAACAUAAACAAAUAUUAUGUAUCUUGCGGUAUGAGGUCAGCGGUCAGCGAGAAAUAUGGCGGUAAUUUUUGAGCUUCGUUAAAUUUAUGUAGUGAAUUUAGCUUAUCAAAGCUGCGUUUUCUUCUUUUUUCUUCUUUUUUCGUGUUACAUGUUGUCCAAAUUCAUCUACGUUUUUCCUCUUCUCUCUCUUUUUUUUCUUUUUCUUUGUCUUCUUUUUAUGUGUGCAUUUGUGCUUCAGUUUUCUUGCUGGUCUGUAAUUUAAUUUUAUUUAAUGCUGAUGUCAACUGGCUUCCUGGUUCCGCUAGCCCACAUGGUUAUUCCAGGCAGCCAGUGCUCUAAUUUUUACUUUUAAUAUUUUCCUUAUCGUAAUUCAUUUUUGAGCAAGAGUGAGUACAAAUAAAGAUUGUUGUUGUUGUUGUUGUUGUUGUUGUGAGAUGACUGAGUUGCGCUUGUUUGUCUAUAAUUCUAAUAUGCGCGGUGUUUCAAAUUAUAGUCUGCCCCGUUUGACAAGAGAGAGGAAGCGGAUAAGAAGAGACAAGAAAUGGCUGUCGGCAACAGUGAUCAUCUGACCUUGUUGAAUAGCUACAAGGUACAAAUACGAAGAGAUGGUCAGGAGACUGGCCUCUACUCUCGAGCUUCUGGUUGUGUCAUCCUCUUAGAAAGUGUUUGUUGUGUUGGAAAGAUUUUGCGAGACAGUACACCCCGGGUAGCAGGCUACACUCGAUCACCCAUUCGCCAUUUUCAUACAACUCAUAUCGAUUAAUGCACCUUUUUUACCCCCCAAAAUGUUGUAUAAGAAUUUUUUUUUUUCAAUUUCUCGUCGGUAUUACAGUAUUACAGUUUAUGCAUUUUUUUGGGGGGGGGAGGGGAAAGGGGAGGGGUUGGGCGAACAAAGUGUGUUAUGGGUAAUGCGAAAGUUGGCGAAUUACCCGCUUUCCUCUUCGCUUUCGUUCACUUGCCACACAAAUAAGCCUCAUCCACACGCGCUUCGAGGGUCGCGCGAGACGAGGCGAAUGACUGGAAAGAAGCAAGUGUAAGAUAUAGAAAUGUGGCAGAAAGACAAGUGAAGUGACAUCUCGCCAACUUUCACCGUCCCGCCGGCCUUUGCGCAUAGAAAGAGAGACGUGUGGGGACGAAACGAAGACAGUGCGGUCUUACGGUCUAACAACCUCGUCCCCAGGGUCUUCUCGUUUUCCAAUAUGGCGGCGGAAAACGAGAAGACCCUGGGGACAAGCUUGGCGGUCCAGUAGCCCAAAAAGCAGACCUGAACACCAAGAGACUUCUUACGAGCAUUACACUAGGGUCGACGAAUAGAUCACUUUUAUUCUACAGAAAGUCUUAGUUUACCUUCCAUCUGUCAUAGCCUAUCGAAUUGAAGGGCCCAGUGGCAAAUUUUAUUGUAAAUAUUAUUCUUGCUUCAUGUGUUUGUUUACAGAGCUGGGUUGAGGUCAUGGAACGUGGAAUGGCUGCCGGGUAUCACUUUUGUCGAACAAAUUUUCUCUCCAUGAAAACACUUAAGGUUAGAAAGAUCUGUCAUUAAUUUCAUUCUAAAUGAAUCAUACUCGAAAAGUAGAUAACAAAAAGCGUAACUGAAUUCAGGCUACGAUCUUGGGACAAGGACAAAAGUCUUGAGUUCUUGACCAAAUUUGAACUUAUCAACCCCCGAGGUUAGGGUGGGUGCUGUGUCCACUCAUGCAGGGAAAAGAAGAGUAAAGGAACUUAGCAGAUUCACAUAUGACACGCGUCCUGCAUCCCGCGCCUCUCCUUAGCAGGCAUUCUUUGGGUCGUCACGCAACACUCCUCCCCACAAAGGGAAAAGGAAUGUGGUUCGAUUCUCAGCAGCCGUUUGUGGGGAGGAGCUUUGCGUGACGACCCAAAGAACGGCCCGAGGGGUACUCCGAUAUAUGAGCUAGAUAGGUAGGUAUGUGCCGCCCAAUAUGGUAGGGUUUUUCAGGGUCUCGAACCUUAAUUAGAGUAUCAUUUUUGCCAUUGUUAGAGUCGCGUUUCUGGUGUGAUCCUUAGAAGGGUACCUAAAUUGUGUAAGUUGAGAUUCAGAUUCGUAAAUUCCCAGCUAGAUGAGAAGCAGUAUUAAAAAAGCGAUUUAAUGAGUGGUGGUUAGUGGCGGUCGUUUGUUAUCAUUAAAUUUUUAGGUUUUGUUUUUCCCUUGAAUAGGUUGUCAGUUUUCGUUUUUCUCUUCCUUAAAUAGGCUCAGGGUUUAAGACCGUGGGUAGUACACACAUAUCGGAAAUUUAUGGGAGUACACCCUUUCCCCUCCCGGGCGUAGGAGACUUGACAUACCGCUAGAAUCAGCAAUGUCGCAAGUGUACUGUACGGUAAAAGUAAAAAGGUGGAUUUAUUAAGAUUUAUCUCUUUUCAGAUGAUCGCGAGCCUGAAAUGCCAGUACGCUGAGUUGUUAUGUGAUAUUGGUUUCAUCAAAGAUGAUCUCACGGCCAGAAAAAUGGGAAGACUGGCACCAAGGACUGGAGACGGCGUAUUAGCUGCGACGGGGGACGUAGUAAGUCUAUGGGAGUGGUGGGGUGUGCUACACUCGCGUAGUGUAGGGCUGAAGCUUGUGAUGUGACAAAUAGAACAGAGGUUUUGCAGUUAUUGGGGAGAUGCAAGGUAAGCGGGCAUUUCUAGGGUCGAUUUCAGACAUUUGACCACUAGGAAGUUAGCGCAACCACGAAGACGGCGGCAGUGAAGACGUCAGUAAUAAAAUAUAUUCGCGUUCUUUCUUCCAACACUUGUAGAAGAAGUUAUAAUCGUAGAUGCGAACCCAGUUGAAGGUAAUGUUUAUGUUUAAUGUUUCCUCUUCUAGAUGAACGCGAAUUCGAAGAACCAAAAGCUUGUGUUGGGGGUUGUAUGCGCCGCUCUAUUUCCAAAUGUCGUCCAAGUCGUUAAACCGGAAAUCAAGUACAAGGCUUCCGUUGCUGGUGAGUGAUGUAAGAUGUGUGUCAAAUGCCAUUUUCUGCUCGUGUACGUUCUCUACCCCUGCCCCACAUUCUACUAACCCUAUUGAAUAUUGUCCAUUUUCCCCCUCUGUGUAACAGGAGCGGUUCCUGUUGAUGCCAAAGCAGCUGAACUCAUGUUUUGGACAAAGAAUGAUGGACAGGUUCGUAUACGCUUCCAUUUUAGGCAAGGUACAGUUUAUAGGAAUAGCUCACCUUCAGUUGGGGACAGUUUAUCUUGAAGAGGCCCUUUGUAGUUAGUAAUUCAGUUAAAGCAAAAAGCUCACAUCAUUUUUAAAGCUAUCUUAAUUCAACUCUAAAAUUCAAAUUUCGCGCUUUUCGCUGCAUUGACCAAUCAGAGCAUUCAGAUUUAAUUUGAUGAGAGAAAUUAGCACCUGAAAAAUAACUGCCGCUCUUGCCGCGGGCUAUUGUUUUUCUGUCUGCUUCUUAGCUGGACCAUUACUUAAAAUGGUAAUUUCCUUUGUUUGUCCUGUCCUAGUGCGACCUUUUGCUCCCCAGGAGCAUGGCGGUUUUGUACCGCGUGAAUGACUUGCUGCAAAGGGGCCUAUUACUUACCGAAAAACCAUCGUACAAGGCCGCCCAAUCUACCCCAAUAAUUAAGUGUCAUCAAGUCAAGCAUAAUGAACUGUCGUUUUCGAAGGUUUUUCCAAGUUUAGUGACCUUCUUGCAAUAUGGGAUUCCCUAAUAGCGGGAACUGAAUGAAGGUAUUACUUGUGUCGUGACAUAACAUUUAUUUGUUCAUCCCCAGCCUUUUUUCCCUGAACUUGAGAUUCUUACAACGACGUUGUUUGGCGUAACAUAACUUAACGUUAACGAGUGUGGUUUGUUCUCCUGAAUAAACUGUUUUUUAAUUUCUGCAGGUGUUCAUUCACCCCAAGUCGGUAAAUUUUCAAGUACACAGUUUCGAAAGCCCAUUUCUUGUUUAUCAUGAGAAGGUCAAGACGUCCAAAGUAAGCAUAUCUUUCCCCUGAGUUUUCAUUUCCGUUCAUUCUUCAAGAAAGCGUUUCGUAAAACACCAGCUUUCGGCGGAAGGAUUUCUGGGAUUGUUUGUAAAUCGGCAAAUUAUGAUUGGUUAAUAGUUGCCAUGGUCAACUAGUAACCAGUAAUAGCUCAGAUUGGUUAUCAAACAAUAACCGGUUCAGUCUCAGGUGGAGUGCACAGUUGAAUCAAUCGCAGUUUGAUAACUGGGUUAAUUACUGCAGAGCGUAGAAAUCAGUUGCAGUUACCUUUUUUCGACACCACGCCGCUGUUCUUGCUAUAUUUUUUAUUAGCAGAUCUUUUGCUAUUCGUUCUUUGCAAUCCGCUUGAAAUUUUCGGCCACUCACUAUUUUUGCUUAGACCAUAAUGCACCUUGUUUACCCCACAAAAUUUUGCAUAACCAUUGCCUUCGAUUUCUCCUGGGACGACUGUAAUACCCAGGAAAAAUUGGAAACAAUGUUUAUGCAAUUUCUUUUUUUGAUGGGAGGGGGGGAGGGGUAAACAAGUUGUAUUAUCGUCUAUGUGAAAAUGAUUAAUUUUCGACCAAAACGACUGAGCUAGUGCAACCUUGUUCCCAGUGCUUCUCGGGUUCCGACUUUUUCUGGUGAUAGCCUGUACUAUCGGCGUCAUUUUACCAAAAAUGGAACGCUUCUUCCAAAUUUGGUCAAUGUUAGCUGGUUAUGAAGAAUUAGCCGGGGGAUUUGAGCCAAUCAGAGGCGGAGAAAUAUUUUAAAUAGUAAACCUAUUUACUCACCUAGUUGCAACACCUUUUGAGCGUGCGGUUAUUCAUGUUGCUGUCUGGUCAUGUCUCGAGUUAAGAAACGAACAAGGUGCAAAGUUUCAAAAUGCCAUGUUUGUCGGCACAACACAACGGAAACCUCGUUAAACAGAAGCUACCAAUUUCUGAAAAAAGCCACUCAUUUAUAAGCUUUCACAGGUAUAGUAAAUCUUUGCGACUUUAACAUCCCUUACAUGAUUUUUUGAACAGGUUUACGUCCGGGACUGCAGUAUGGUGUCUGUGUAUUCGUUGCUUCUCUUCUGUGGAGAUAAUUUGUCCGUGAACUUAGAAAAGGGUGUGUUUGUAAUUUCCAUCGAUGAUGGGUGGAUUCGCUUUUCCGCCUCUUCUCUCAAGGUGAGUAAUUUUAUGAAAUAGUAUUCUGAUUUUAAUUAAAGAUUUGUUAUUUUCUCAAACCCAAUACAGUGUGCGAAAAAUCGCCUGGAACGUUUUCGUUUGUUCACGCUUAUAACUUGUUCCGUGUCAAAACAGCCAACCGUGGGGCGUUACUCCCACUUUUUUUUAAUGAUCGGCACGCGGUAACCGCCCAGAGAAUUAGCCCUGCAAUACUUGCUCCUGAAGCCUCUCCCCGCAACGAGUACAUUUACGACAUGAAGAUAAAUUGCUCAAAGUGCCAACAAAAAAGUUUGACUGGUUUCAAACUUUGCGCAACAACUCCCAACGACAUGCAACAGGGUGAGCAAACGGACUCAACAUGUAACAUCCAACAAUGUUGGGAGUUGUUGGCCAACAAUCUUGCGUCCGUUUGCACGAGGCUUAAUCGUGAUAGGACUUCAUCCCAUGGUGUGAUCGUCAUACCAAAGAACACUUUCCUAGUGGGUUCGUCACGCAACACUCCCCCAAACUCACGUGACCGAAGUGCAAUAGUACUUGCAGAUGGUCUAGUGAUAAUUGGAAACUCAGCCUUUGCAUAUCCAAGUUUGGUUAACACCCACUCAAAGAAAUAUGUAAACGAACAAAUCCGGAAGUAAAUUCAUCUUCAUAAUUAUUUUUAUUGUUAGCACUACUCUUUGUCGGCCAAAAUAUGCUAAUGCUGAUUUAUUCGCCAUCAGCUUACAAAUACUGAAUUGAAAUCGUAAAUGAAAAUAACUCCCUUAGUUGAGCGAAAAUCAAGAGGAUAUCUAUUUAGCAAUCAACGUUUGAAAAGAAUUAAUAACAGUCUUCGUGUACAACUCCAAAUACUAACAGCAAUUUAGUAAAGAGUAAUGUAGAUACAGUAAAAACCCGCGACUAAGAACCUGCACUUUCCCAAGCUAACCUAAAACGUUUCUUACAUAAAUGGUAAUUAGCACAAAUUUAGGCUGUGUAUAGUAGCUUCUUGAACAGGUUCUUAUUUUCUGAAGAAAUCAAAAUACAGUUUAUUCCUUAUCUAAAAUAUGCAUGUCUCCAAAAAAGAUUCUGAAUGUUGACGGAAAAAGUGCACGCGACAAUCCCGAAAGGUAUUGUGGAUGGUUUUGAGUUCACCGUUUUUCAAAGAAAUUUGAAAGAAUGGCACGGGAGGCCACGGACAUAUGUUUGCGAGUGCUAAAGGAAAGCAACCAAAGUACGUUCGACAGCUACAGUCGUCAGGAACAGUGUGUUGGACAUACCCCAUAUUACCUUUCGGGAUCGUCGCGUGCACAUUUUUUCCGACAACCUUUCCCGAAAUAGCUGUAUGCUUGUAUAUUCUGUAUGUUUUACAUUUAAUUUUGAGUCUGAAUGAAAUGGUGACAGUAAAAAGUUCUUUAAAACCUUCACUUAGGAGUUAGUGGAUAAAAUACAAAACAAUGACUUCUGUUUGACUGUAGGUCGCUACACUAGUGCGAGAUUUAAGGGCAGAGCUGGACCGAUUACUAGAAAACAAAAUAGAGAACCCCAGCUUUGAUCUCGCGAACUGCGCUCGAGGAAGCAGGAUUAUCAACACCAUUGUACAGCUGAUUACUAGUCAAUGA